AAUAAAAAGAAAAAUGACGCAAAACUACCGAGCUCUUCUUCUCAUCCAGAGAAUGGUGAAGAGACCGCCAUUGGAGGCUCUCUCACUUUUCUACGAAACAACAACUCUCGAAGGCUUUGAACACACCCCUCAAACUAUAUCCUUCAUCAUCGAUCACCUCCUAUCUUCCAAUUUCUCAUCCCAUGCGCAGUCUCUCAUUGCAAAGAUACUCUCCGGUCGAAUCUCGUCUUCUCUCUUCACUCCCUCGUUGCUUCUCCGCCAACUAACCCAACCCCAUUCGCCUCUCAUAUCUUCUCGCCGUUCUCUCUUCGAAGCAAUCAUCGUUACCCAUGUUCAGUCUCAAUCACCAGAAGACGCCAUUUUGUAUUUGACGCAGAUGACGGAACAAGGCCUCGUGCCUGGAUCAUUUACCUUCAACAAUCUGUUGAGUUUUCUCCUCAAGUCCAAUCAUUUCGAAAAAGCUUGGUGGGUUUUCAACGAGUUUAAGGAUAGGACUGAAUUGGAUGAGUAUAGCUUUGGGAUCAUGAUCAAAGGUUGCUGCGAGGCUGGUGAUUUGGAUAGAGGAUUUCGGUUUUUGGAUGAUUUGGAGAAAAUGGGUUGGUCUCCGAAUGUUGUUAUGUAUACUAGUUUGAUUGAUGGGUGCUGUAAAAAUGGCGAUAUUGAGAGGGCAAAGAGGUUGUUUUAUAAGAUGGGAGAGAUUGGUUUGGUUGCUAAUCAUUAUACUUAUACUGUUCUGAUUCAUGGGUUUUUCAGGAAAGGGCUUAAAAAAGACGGGCUUGAGCUUUUUGAGAAGAUGAAGCGUGAGGGGAUAUUGCUUAGCACAUAUACUUAUAAUUGUUUGAUUAAUGAGUUUUGUAAUGACGGGAAAUUAAGUAGUGCCUUUGAGGUGUUUGAUGAAAUGCAUCAACGAGGGGUUGCAUGUAAUGUGAUCACGUACAGCAUUUUAAUCUGUGGAUUGUGUCGAGAACAGAGAGUGGGGGAAGCUGAGAAGUUGAUGCAUCGAAUGAAAAGUGACGGUCUUUGUCCGAGUUUGAUUACAUUUAACACGCUAAUUGAUGGGUUCUGUAAUGUUGGAAACAUGGAAAAGGCGUUGAGCUUAUUUGAGGAAUUGAAGUCGAAUGGUCAUUCUCCAUCGUCGGCGACUUUCAAUGUUCUGAUUAAGGGUUUUGCUACAGCUAAGGAUUUAGCAAGAAUCGUUGGUUUGGUGGGGGAGAUGGAAGAGAGAGGCAUUUCUCCGUGUAAAGUGACAUAUACGAUCUUAAUCGAUGCUUUUAUUCAGUUGGACGACAUGGAAAAAGCAACUAAAUUGUUUUCUUCUAUGGAGAAGUCUGGUUUGGUUGCUGAUGUUUAUGCAUACGGAGUCCUUAUACAUGGGUUUUGCAGUAAAGGUAAUAUGAAGGAAGCGUUGAAGCUGUUCAAAUCGAUGAGCGAGAAGCGUUUGGAGCCAACAGAUGUGAUAUACAAUAUGCUUAUAAAUGGUUACUGUAAGGAGGGUAACUCUUACAGGGCUCUGGGGUUUGUUAAAGAAAUGAGGGAGAAAGGAAUGUUUCCGAACAUUGCUAGCUACAAUUGGACGAUUAGACUUCUUUGCAUUGAUGAAAAGUGGAGGGAAGCCACAAUUCUAUUGAAAGAAAUGAUCGUGUAUGGUUUAACACCAUCGGUUUCUAUCUACAAUUUGAUCUCUAGAGCCAAAAAGGAUACAAUCGUGAAGCCCUAAAGCAACAUAUUACACCAACCCUGAUGAGAGAGAGAGAUUUAUUUUUCAUCAAAAUGAAGAAAAGAAACUUACACCAACCAUAAUGAGAGACUAAUUGGUCUCUUAAUAUGAUUGAGGCAAAGGUGCCGUUGUCAAGAGGAGGUAAUAACUGUGUUCAUUCGGCGAUUUUUUUUCCCGCCAUUAGUCUAUAGCUUCAGAAAGUUAUUGAAUUAAAGUACUUGCAGAAAUAAAAGUUAGCCAUUAUAAAUUUAUCUGGUUGUGAGGCCCUUUUAAUAUUGUUUCACGUACAGAAGAGCACAGGUUGCUAGUUUUGCUUGGAGCAGCCAAGAGAAAACACAGAAAAUUGG